AACGUUUUCAAAUUGACAGUAAUUGCUCAGAAUGCUUGGACGAACGAAACAGUUGAUACAAGAAAUGUAUUUACCUUGGAUAUCGUUGUAAUGGUAUCAGAUACUCAAGAUACUCCUCCAAUUUUUAAGAACUUACCUCCAGUUGUAGCCAUUUCUGAAAGCGUUAAAACGGGGGAUCAAAUUUUCAAAAUUACAGCAGAAGAUGGUGAUUUUGGCAAGUCGCGUAAUGUAACUUAUAGUAUUGUUCCAGGAAGUUCUUCUACUUAUUUCUCUGUCAAUCAAUUAACUGGAGCUAUAACUUUAUCCAGACCAAUGCAGGAGUUACGCCAAUUAUAUGCUUCAGUUUGCCCUCUUAUACUUGAAGUUAAGGCUAGUGAAGUAGUAUCCGGACCACAAUCGGCACUUACUUCAUCAACUGCAGAAGUUGCUCUUGUGCUUUUAAAUACAGAAAACCACAGUCCAAGAUUUAUGAGUACGAAAUACGUUGGCAAUAUUGAGGAGAAUAGUCCUCCAUUAACAGCUGUAAAAUGGGAAGGUGCCACAGUUGCAAAAGUUGUAGAUGAAGAUAGGGGUAAAAAUGGAACUUUUCAACUGUACUUGGAGGGUGAUGGAGGAAUAUUCGAAGUACAGCCUUCAACCGGAAUUAAUGAAGUUACUUUCGCUCUUCUAGUAAAAAAUCCUACAGGACUCGAUUACGAACUUAAUGAAAAAGAAUAUUUAGAUUUUACUAUUGUAGCAAGAGAAACAGAAUCAACAAUUCCUUUAUCAUCAACAGCAGAUAUCCGUAUCAAAAUCAUUGAUACUAACGAUAACAUACCGCAGUUUAAAGAAGAAAGGUACGAAGCAACUAUACCUGAAGAUGCUGUACCUGGUACAACUGUAGUUAAAAUUGAGGCAACAGACAAGGAUUCAGGUGAAUUUGGAGAGAUAAGAUAUACAUCUAUCAACGGUCCUAUAGCUAGAAACUUGAAUUUAGAUCCACAGACUGGAAUAAUUACUCUUGUAUCAGCGAAAGGAUUGGAUCGUGAAAGAGUUCCUGAAUAUACUUUAACAGUGGAAGCUAGAGAUGAUAGAGGACGAGGAAAUAAAAAUGUAGUAGAAUUAUUAUUAAAAUUGGCAGAUUCUAACGAUAAUGCGCCCAUGUUUCUUCAACCACGAUAUAAUGCAGUACUUAAUCCCGACAUGAAGAGUUUUACUGAAAGAUUGAUAGUUUCGGCAGAAGAUGCCGAUAGUCCUGGUCCUAAUUCUAACAUCCGCUAUGAGAUUGUCAACGGUAACUAUCAGGGGAAAUUUUCAAUUGAUGAAAAAACUGGAGAAAUUCGACUAAAAGAUAAACUCACCCCAAGCAAUGGCCAACAAGAUCCUUCUGAAAGAGUGUUACCUGUAAUAACUUUAGUUGUUAGAGCUCAUGAUCAAGGUGUUCCCGUUAGAUCGAGCACCGUAGCGGUUCAAGUGCAUAAUCAAGAGUAUCUAAACAGAACGAUAACAUUCAUCUUACCAGAACACGAAGAGGUAUAUAAGGACAGAAAAAGUGAAUUAGAAAGAGGUCUUUCAUCUUUGACAGGAGCGCACGUCAAUAUCCAUUCCAUUAAACCGUAUAAUACAAGUAGAGAAAGAUCUUUAAUAAAAACAUGGGUUGCUUAUCCAUUAAGUUCAACAAUCGAUUUAACAGGAUUACAGUUUAUGGUUAGCGAUAUUUUUGGAAGACAAUAUCUCUUUUCUGAUGGUCCUACAGUCGAAACGGUUAGAAAAGCACAAUUUGAUACAGUAUUUUGGUUACUAAUAGUUCUGGUGAUCAUUUUGAUUUUAGCGUUGUUUGCCUUGUGCUGUUAUUGUUGCAUGUUCAGAAGAAAAAAAGAAGGUUCAAGAUCAGGUUCAGCAGGUAAAGUUGCUCCUGCAGAAACUAUAAUGGGUUAUCAAGAAAAUGGAACAUCAGAUAACCAAGAUGGUAACAGAUCUAGCAUCGCGAUGAGAUUGGGUUGGAAAAGAGGCUAUCCCCGAUUUUGGAGGCGACCUAUGUCAGCCAUUGAAAGAGGAGAAAAACGCAAUCGAUCAGAAAUAAAUCUACUUGAUCCAAGAAGGAAUGGUCACCUGUAUACUCCUGAGAGUAGAAGAAGGGAAGAGGAAUACUUGAGGACCUUGGAGGAGCAUCUGGCACGAGAAGGAAGAAUGGAAAGGAUAUAUCGACAAGGUCGUCCUAUAUCUCCUAAUAAUGAAAUUCUAUUCGAUCAACCACCUCCUGAAGAUCUUUCUGGAAGGCAACUGGGAAAGUAUGUUAUAUUUCGUAAGGAUGUAGAUCCCAGAAAUAGAGAUACUGACGGUAGAUUGAUAAGAAUGGAUAAUUAUCCAUUAGAUUCGUCGGAUCGCACCGAACUGAGUCCAGACCAUAGGAACGAAGCAGCAAAAAGAACAGAAAUUCUAUACAUCAGAAGUCCACCUAGAGAAGAUAUAGAUCAAAGAUACUAUACUGACUUCGUGGAUGGAGAAAGAGUAAGAGGUACAGGAUUACAUCGUAGUGUUAGUGAGACCGCAAUUCAUGGUACUUCAAGAACAUCGAGAAUUCCGAGAUAUUCAGAUUAUAGGGAUCACGAUAGAUUAAAAUUUUCUAGAUAUCAUCGAAGAGAUAGUGACGUAUAUCUAGAUGGAGAUGUUCCUCCUCGCGAUGGAAGACCAGAACCAUAUCAACCACCUUCAAUGUCUUGGAACCGCCGCAUUGCGGAUGCGGAUAGUAGGCAACAAGAAGAAUAUAUAUAUAAUUCCGAAAACAAAUCGAGAAAUCAUGUUGAUACAUCCUACGAAAGGGAUGAAUACAUUCAAUCGGAUGUUAGACAAACACAAGUAAAACGGACUAAAGCUCAAUCUGGAGAAAAAACUAUACCACGAACUGCAACUAUCAGAAAAGCCGCCAAAUCGGGUGAAGUAAGCCAAGAAGUUAAACAGGAAACCAGAAAAAAUGAGAUAUCUUCACAAAAUACCAGAGCAGUACCUGGUGCAAGUAGCUGGGGUCAAGAAGACGAUUCUGAUUCAGGAAUCGGACGUGAUCCCGGUGGUUUGAAAUUAAAAAAGAACAAUCUGUUAGAAAAGAAAAGUUUAUUUACAAUUGCAUAUGAUGGAAUGCAAACACAAAGAUUAAAAUCCGAAGAUGGUGGCAUUCCAACACCGUGAACAUCAAAAAAUUAAAGGAAAAGAUAUUUCUAACGCAGUAUGGAAAAGAGAAAAGGAAAGAUUAAUAUUAUUUGAUAAUUUUUGAUUAAAAUGCAUCGAUUUUCCAUCAUUUAGAGAAAAGAAGGCUGCCAA